GCUCACCCAGUGGAUACUUUUCUGGCAUGUGACCUCCCCUCUGCUCCUGAGUCUCUUACUCCCAUCAUCCAAACCGUCUUUCUGUUCACCCUCUUGGUCCUCGCAGCAGGCUCCAGCCAGGUUGCUUCUUGCUGCACAGACAAGGCUGAAGUGUUCAGACCGACGAUGGUUCACAGCCGAAGACGGGAGCGUAACCUGGGCAAGAAAGGUGCCUCAAGAGCUGCUGGUGGGACCAGUAGAGGUCACGUGGUGCCAAAGGGCGUGGCCCGGCAGUUCGUGUGCAGCGCCGGAUCUGGAAGCUCAUUGGUCGCCAGCCACUGGGUGGGAAACAUGGAACCCCAAGAAAUAUCUGCUGUGCCCAGCUGCCCCUCCAACUUCAAAAGCACCACAGUGCGUGAGACUGGAACCCCAUGUGGGCUUGAACGUGGCCCCAGAAGAGCUGUAGGUCUCUGUGACCGCUGUUACAACCAUGGCAUCACUACCCAAAUCAUGGGCCAGGAGCAUAACUGCCACUUCCAGGCCUGCCAGUGUCACAAUUGUGUCAUCAUCUCGGAACCCUGCAAGGUCUUGCCUACUAUGACUACCCGGAAGAGAGAGCAGGGGACACAGAUAAAGAAACACCAGGCUCUAGGGCUGAUGAAGAAUACGGCUAUUGCUCCUAGGGCUCCCCUCUAUGUCAAGAAUAUGGCCACAGGAGCAGGAGUCAAUACUGGGAAGGUGAACAUCAUGCCCCAGCCACAGGCCUACCCUUGCUACAUCCCCAAUCUGGGGACACCCCCAAGUGUGUUUCUGUUCAGCCAGACCCCAGAACCUACAUUUCUGCCUUGCACUCCAGUGAUCACGGAGCCUCAACUGGUAUUUGCUAUUUCUGGACAGCCCCAAGGGGCCCCUAUGUUGCCUGCCACAUGCUCAAGACUGAUCCUUCAGCCUUGUGCCACCCUUGACCCUCGUCUACUGCAGCCACAGGUUCUGGGGAAGGUCCAGAAAGGCUCUGAGCAAGAUGUGGUUGCUGCCUCCGAGUGUCAGCGGAAGCUGGAGGCUGCUGAGGCACUGUUGGCUCUGAAAUACUCUCGCCCAGUGCCAACUGACUCCACCACUCUGGCCCAGCCCUGUGGCCCUCCAGCUCCUGCUGGAGAUAAAACACACCAGACUCCUGGUUCUGCUCUGCACCCCAGGCCUACUACCUCCAUCUCACUGCCUAUUGGAUAUAUAGGUUGCAUCUCUCUCUUGAGAUAAGAGCCCAGAGGACAGCACAUGUCUAAGGCACUGCUUAUUUGAUAUCCUGUUUCUGAGUUACAGAAUGGUUAGAGUUAACUGCUGAAUUUUUAGAGCAGUAGGAUGUUUUAUAAGUUUGCAGACCCUUUUUAUUAUGUGAUGCAAUUCCCUGGUUGAGAUUGAACACUCUUACUCCUUUAGAUACUUGAAUUCAUUUUUGUUUCUUAUUAACAAUAGAAACGUUUACCCUAAAAAGAUAAAUAUGUUAUUGGAGUUCACAAUGAAUUUGUAUGUAAGCCUGUUUAUUUUUCUUGUAAGUGGGGACAUACCCUGUUUAAUCACAUCUGUAUUCAUUCAUGCAUAAACAUUAUUCUGCCUUUAUGCCUAUUUUUUGUAUGUGUGCAGAUAAUAAACUCUUGUUGUAAGGCAUGGAAAGUAUGGGUCUUUGUUACUGCACCAGAAAAGAGAUGAUUCUGACUGUUACACACUUGUUCAACCCAUGAUUCACAAUGAGUAUCACCUUCCCCAAUAAGUGGAAUUUCUUAACAAGGCAAGAUAAGAAGGUGAUAGAGUAAAAAGUUGGGGCAUUUAUUCACUGAGCAAUCGACAGACUUGUCCUACUGGUGUAGCUUGUUUCUAGUUGUCCAGAGGGCUGGGGGAAUGGCAAUGAUCACAGGAUUAAGCAGAUCAUGUUUAAGCAGGUCCUACUUGAUAUGGACAACUCCUAGUACAUGUUGUCCUUAAAACGGCAGCUACUGCUCUGCUCAAGCCAUUUGCUGUCAUGGAGUAAUGUGGGAACAUUUUUAACAAUGCGGAUUUGACAAGAGAAUAAGGAAUUCUAGAUUUUUAUGUAAAUUUACUCAAUUUGUCAGUGUUAGGAAAAUGGCACAGUGUUAUCUAUGGCGCAAUCUACACCCUAGCACUAUCUUAGGCUCUAGCCCCUGCUGCCAUUGCUAGAAGCCAGGUGGCCAAAUGGCCCAACCACCGAUGUCAAGCUCCACCCCCAUCCUAAUGGGAUUCACUGCUUCUGCUUCCCUGCCCGCCCUCUGACAAAGUUUUAAAAGGACCUGUUCCUGAACAUGUGGCUCUCUCGGCUCCUCUCAUCUUCUCUCCUCUCUUGCUCCCCUCUCUCGCUCGUCUUCUCUUCUCUCUCCUCCUCUCUUCUCGUCUUCUCUUCUCUCUCAUCUCCUCUCUCUUGCUCUCUCUCCCUUUCUCCUUUCCUCUUCUCUCUCUCUCUCUUACUUUCUCUUUCUCCUUCUUUUCCCCUUCCCUCCAGCCUGCUGGGUUUUCUCCAAUAAAACCUUUCCCUUACUCUGGUGUUUGGUGUGUUUUGUGGCCACCUUACAUUGAUGCCGAAACCCAGGACCUUACAGUCAGUGUUGGCAGAGGUUUCUUCUUUCGGCGCUGUAUGUGAAUGAAAGCUAACAGUAUAAACCAUCUCUGGCUAAUGGCAUGCUGGUUUAAUUCAGGUCCAAAGUGAAUUGUCCGAUAGGGUCACUGGGACGAUUCAGGACAACAAGAAUCAAAGAGGGAGAGUGAGAUCCACCCAGCUCCUACUUUGAAUCACUCAUGCAGUAAGAGGAAGUGUUGCUGUCUUUGAUAUAGUCUAUGCCCACUCUAUGCUAAGCACACAUAGCCUCACAACACCCCCUGUGAACUAUGGCUCAUUCUUGCCAUUCUAACUAUAGGGAAGCACACUCAAAGAGUGAAAGUCACUUUCAUUCAUGGUUUCAGGAAAGCUUUUUGUCCAAGAUCAGGAAAAAUUCCUUUGUCUUUGCCAUCCACUAAUCAGCUAUUAAUAAUUUUGCAGAAUAAAUUAUAAAAUGUUCAAACCUCAAGGCAGCAGACAAAAAUCAGGAGAUUUUUUCCCCCAAGGUUUGUGGGUCCUUUAUUUCCUCUUAAUCCUAUGGAUUUGUAAUAAUCAUUCAGACCUUCCAGACCUAUUCUUCUCAGUCUUCUGUUGGAGUUCUAAACAUGCAAAGCAAUAGAAACUUCCACCAGACAGCCAAAAAGCUCAAUUGGAAACACGUGGGCAUGCACUCAUUCCUACAAUGUAGCCCCUCUUCUACCUUCCCUCUCUCUCUCUUUAUCCAAGAUGAUUGAUGGUGAUUAUAUCAAAUUGCAACUUAAGCAGUCAGAGUUCUUAUAUCUUGUAUCUGAUGACAGAAUUGCAUAAACACAAAUCACUCAGGACAUGGAGCAAGGCUGAAGUCCAACUCACACUUUCCUUCUUUCCCCUGAUUAGGUACCUUAAUAUAAGAUCCCAAAACUGCCCCUCUUCCAGCAAUACACAAACAAGUCCACAUGAUCUGAGGGAAAGGAACUAGGGACCUGGCAAAGAACUAAGACCCUGGUACAAAAUUGUCUUGCAAAUAUUUGGGUGAAUGAAGAUGUGUAUUUUGGUGAAAGGAUGUGACAUGAAAUGAGAAAGCACAAAAGAAACAAAGUGAUGCAGGUUGGGAAGAGAGAGAGGCCCUUUUCUCUGUUUCUUUUUGUUUGUAGGAGACCAAAUAUCUCCCUGCAGGGCUUU